AUGGCCGCCGUGCUGGAGCUGGAGGGGCUGGAGCUGCAGUGCUCCUGCUGCCUGCAGCUCUUCGAGGAGCCCGUGCGGCUCCCGCGCUGCGGCCACAGCUUCUGCCGGGACUGCAUCCUCCUCUACUGCGCGGGCCGGCCCAGCGCCCGCUGCCCGCUCUGCCGGAGCCCCUUCGAGCCUCAGCAGCUGCGGCCCAACCGCGAGCUGGCCGCGCUGCUCAGCCUCAUCCCGCGGGAGCUGAAGGAAGAGUUGGAUGCACAGGAGGAGCCGGGAGCCCAGGGAGCUGCUGCCUGCAACGGCCUGAGCUCGGCGGGGCGGGGACGUGGGGAGAAGGAGGAAGAAAUAUGGGAGAGCUCCAAGCAACAAGAAAUAACUGCAGAGAGCAUCCACCUGUUGAGGAAAGACCUCAAUAAAACAAAGGAAUAUACAUCUCAGAUCAAAAGCCAGAUUAUUAAAGAUUUCUGUUGCAUGAAGGAAUAUGUUGAAAGACAGGAGAGAAACACACUGAUGUUCAUUGAACAACAGCAAAAAGCUGCUCAACAGAAAAUUGAAGAGACUAUUCACCAGCUCACAGACAUCAAAGCCCAAACUAGAGACUUAUGUGAGGGGCAGAGGCAUGAAGGCUCACCUUUGACAAUAAAUAAAAUUACACUUGAUGAAAAGCUUAAUGUUGUCAAAAGUGCUGUAGAAGAUCUUAAGAGAAAGUUGGAAAUUUUACUCUUGGAGAAUUAUGCUCAGCAUCUCCCACCAGUGCAUCCUCCAGACUCAGACCAGGAGCCAAGUGUCAGCUCAUCACCUCCAGAGUCUGCAGCUGAAAGUCCUGAACCAGCCAUUUCCAGCCAGUUUUCCCAGUGGGCAGAGGAUGUGACUUUUGACCCCACAAGAGUACACGAGCGCCUGGCACUCACAGCCCAGAACAGGAGGGUGAUGGUUUCCAGCCACCUGGCCAGUUAUCAACCAUCACCCAAGAGAUUCUGCAUCAGCCAGGUCAUGUGUUCACAGGGCUUCUCUACUGGGUGCCACUACUGGGAAGUAAUUACCAAGGACAGUGAUGGGUGGGCUGUUGGAGUUGCUCAUGAGAUGAUUGGUAAAAGGGACAAAUUGGGAAGAACUGAGCAUUCCUGGUGUGUAGAAUGGCUGGGUCCUAAAAAACAGCUGUCAGCAUGGCAUAAGAAUCAAGAAACAUUAUUGCAUAAGGACAAACCACUGAAGGUUGGAGUUUUCUUGGAGCUACAGAAGAAGACUGUGUCAUUUUACUCCAUUGCUGACAAAGAAAUGCUUUUGCACACCUUUGAAAUCACUACCUCAGAUCCUCUCUACCCUGCUUUCUGGCUCUACACUCUAGAAAGAAAUGGAUCUUUAACUAUAAGUCAGCCAAACAGGAGAUGAAGCCUACUGAGAACAGGGACAAUUUUGCCAGUGACUGCAGAGUUUCUAUAAAAGCUUCAGUGUUUAGCACAGGAGUGUACCAAGGAAUGAAUGCAUAACUACCCAGAAUUCCUGGGAAUCAGCCACUGAUACUUCUGUCUGCUGUGCUUCUCUUCAUGCUGUGCUCUGGUCUAGCCAAACUUCAUUAAAGCAAUUUCAGCCUGUGCUAAAGGCAGUAAUCCCCCCUGUAGGAAUCAGAUGGGUUUCUCAAGCAGCUUUAAGUAGUCCCAGGAUAUUUCUAGAAAGAAUGGACUAUGGAAGCUCUAAUGUUGGGGAUAAGCCUUUCUCAUUGACCUCAUUUUUCCUAUAUUGAUAUGAAAAAAUACAGAAGAACAGAUUAUGCCAUU